AUGGAUUUCCACUGGAUACUUCUGGAUGUGAUUUUCGCGUUUGGGUUUUAAGCUCGCUGAUGGAGUUGCAGUAUGAUUCACCGACAGGUCAUUCUAUCUCAGAACCUGUACCAAAGCAGGUUCCUGGGCCUGGCGGCGAUGGCCUCGCCGUCACGGAGCUCCCAGAACCGGCGCCGGUAUAAGGAUGGAGCGCGAUUCAGCUUUGUUCACCCCAACAACCACAGCAAUGCUCUGGCUCUGCCCCGGUCUACUAGCGAUACAGAUCUGGUGUCCUUGCAAAGCCGUUCUACCCUAACUGUCAGCACUUCCCUCUACUGCAUUGGCCAGUCAGACAACAUCGUCAUCUGCUGGGACAUUAAAGAGGAAGUGGAUGCUGGUGACUGGAUUGGCAUGUACCUUAUUGAUGAGGUUCUGUCUGAAAACUUUCUGGACUACAAGAGUCGUGGUGUGAGUGGCUCCCACACAGGGCAGAUUGUGUGGAAGAUCGAUGCCAGCUUGUACUUUAUGGAGGCUGAGACAAAAGUUUGUUUUAAAUAUUACCAUGGACAGAGUGGAGCGCUUAGAGCCACUACACCCAGCGUGAUGGUGCAGAACCCCUCUGCCUCUGCAUUGAAACCUGUCAUCCAUCAGGAUGUUUCUCAGACUUUGGGCAGCAGGAGGCUGAUCAGCUUCUCCCUGUCAGACAUUCAGGCAGUGGGUCUAAAGAAGGGGAUGUUUUUUAAUCCGGAUCCGUAUCUGAAAAUCGCCAUCCAGCCUGGAAAGCACAGCAUCUUCCCUGCUCUGCCCCACCAUGGUCAGGAGAAAAGGUCAGGCAUCAUCUGCAACACAGUGAACCCAGUCUGGAAGAGUGAGCGAUUUAACUUUGUAUCCCUCCCGACGGAUGCGUUGGAGAUUGAGGUGAAAGAUAAAUUUUCCAAGAGCAGACCCAUCAUCAAACGCUUCCUGGGGAAGUUGGUUGUGCCUGUACAGAGGCUGCUGGAAAAACAUGCUAUUGGGGACCGUGUGGUGAGUUACAAUUUAGGCCGGCGGCUUCCAACAGAUCAUGUCAAUGGACAGCUGCAGUUUCGGUUUGAGAUAAGCUCCUCUGUUCAUCCAGAUGAUGAGGAGGUGUCCCUCAAUGCAAUGCCAGUCUAUGAAGCAGUACCAGACCAGGAUGAUGUUCAAGUACCCAGGCCGGUGGACCUGCCAUCUGCUACCGAUUUACCGAUGGAGGAUACAUUGAGUUUGGGGCCUGGCAUGCCAGAGAUCCAUGAUGAAUGUCUUCCAGAGGUAGAGACCCAAGAUGGUGUGCUGCCUGCUUCUCCAACUGAGCCCAGAGAAGAGACCCAGUCAGAAAUGGAGGAGGGGAGGAAUGAUGAAGCAAUACUGAGUCAUAAUACAACUGAAACUGAAGAGCAGGACCCUGGAAAAACAAAUGAAGAACCUGGGGAGAUGCAGGAGGACACUCUGUAUGAUACUCCAUUGGAGGCUAUUGAAGAGACAGGUGGAGGUGACACGGGACCAGUUGCAGAUUUAGGUAUGGAGCAGGUAGAGGUUGAGGAGGGCAUGGGCUCUGAGCAAAUGGAAACAAGGUUAGAAAGAGAUGGGAAUGUGGAAGAAACUUGUUCCCCAAAGAUGCGAAGCACCUUGAAGCGCAAGAGCCGGCCUUGCUCCCUUCCCGUGUCCGAGCUAGAGACAGUCAUCGCCGCAGCCUGCGGUGAACCUGAGACACCCCGGUCGCACUACAUCCGCAUUCAUCAUCUGCUGCACAGCUUGCCAUCAGCCCAGCGCCACCAUGACAGUCAAGAUGAAGAUGAGGUACCAGAAUCUUCGGAGGAGCUCACUCUCAAACCCCAAGAGGACAAGGAGGAAGCGGUAGAUGAGGAUGAAGUUUCCGAAGCUCAGUCUCCAUUUAUAGUUCCAGAGUGUCCCAGACCAUGUUGCCAUCGAACCUUGCCACGUAGCCUCUCUAUUGAGCGUCUAUCUGAACUCAACCAACUUCUGGAGUGUGAAAGGCCUUCACCGUCCAUGCUGCGGCCUGACAGCGAAGAUGGGGGUGGAAGUAGAAGGGGACCUAGUGAGUGUGAACUGUGUGACAAUUCCAGUUACAGCACUUCUUGUUACAGCCCCUCCUGUUACAGCACUUCCUGUUACAGUAACUCAGGUUACGAGGGGCGUAACCAUCUCUGCAGCCAUACACGCCUUUCUUCGGUAGACAGCACCCGUUUUUCGGAGAGCACUGUUUUCUCCUCGCAGGAGGAAGAGGAGGAGGAGAACAGUGCAUUUGAGUCUGUCUCGGACUCUAUGCAGAGUCCAGAUGUGAGAGAGCUGGGACACGGGUCGGCUCAUUGGACGGGUUCAUUGUCAGAAGACAGUCCCCUGAUAGAAGGCCAAGGCGAGGAGUCACCAGUAGCUGGACCAAGUGUUGGGACUUCAGACUGGGAGGCCAGGAUAGACCGUCAUGGCCGUGUUUUCUAUGUGGACCAUGUGAACCGCACCACCACGUGGCAGAGGCCCAGCCAUGUGGCCAAAUACACAGGCAUCCAGAGAUCCAGCUCCACUCAACAGAUGGAGCAGCUCAACAGGAGGUAUCAGAACAUUCAGAGGACCAUGGCCACAGAUGAUGAACUGGCCAGUCGUGGUCAUGAGAGAAACAGCAGCGCAGAUACAGAGAAUGAAUCCACACCACUGACUGCAGAUCAGAGAAGAGAAGGGCCUUCAUCUCCUGUGAAUAAUCAGAACGUCACACUAUUGCUUCAAUGUCCAGCAGUGAAAUUUGUCACCCACCCAGAAUUCUUCACUGUUCUCCAUGCCAACUAUGGGGCAUAUAGGAUGUUUACCAGCAGCACCUGUCUAAAGCACAUGAUUCUGAAAAUACGGCGAGAUGCGCACAACUUUGAGCGAUAUCAGCACAACCGCGACCUCGUCACUUUCCUCAACAAAUUUGCAGAUACUCCACUGGAGCUCCCCAGAGGCUGGGAAAUCAAAACAGACCAACAGGGCAAGUCAUUCUUUGUGGACCACAACAGUCGUGCAACAACCUUCAUUGACCCCAGAAUUCCCCUUCAGAAUGGCCGGCUACCCAAUCACCUCACACACAGACAACACCUACAGAGACUGCGCAGCUACAGCGCAGGAGAGGCAUCAGAGGUGUCCCGCAGCAGAGGAGCAUCACUUGUGAGCAGACCUGGACACAGUCUAGUAGCUGCUGUCAGAAGUCAAUACCAGCCUGAUUCAGUGCCUCUAGCUUACAAUGACAAGAUUGUGGCUUUCCUCCGCCAACCAAACAUACUAGACAUGCUGCAGGAACGGCAACCAAGUCUAGCCAGGAAUCACACACUCAGGGAGAAAAUCCAUUACAUCAGGACAGAGGGUCCACAAGGUGUUGAAAAGCUGUCUUGUGACGCAGACCUGGUUAUAUUGCUAAGUCUGUUUGAGGAGGAGAUCAUGUCCUUUAUUCCAUCUCACUCCUUCCACCCCGGCCUCAGCUUCUCUCCUCGCUGUUCUCCUGGCUCCUCACCACAGAGCUCACCUGGCUUGCAGAGGGCCAGAGCACCUGCUCCAUACCGUCGAGACUUUGAGGCGAAACUUCGCAAUUUCUACAGGAAGCUGGAGGCAAAAGGCUAUGGCCUGGGUCCAGGAAAAAUGAAGCUAAUCAUCAGGAGGGAACAUUUACUGGAAGGCACCUUUAAUCAAGUGAUGGUCUACUCACGCAAAGAGCUGCAAAGGAACAAGCUCUACAUCACCUUUGUCGGAGAGGAAGGUUUGGACUACAGCGGCCCAUCGCGGGAGUUCUUCUUCCUGUUGUCUCAAGAGCUUUUUAACCCAUAUUAUGGAUUGUUUGAAUACUCAGCCAAUGACACAUAUACCGUGCAGAUUAGCCCUAUGUCUGCAUUUGUGGAGAAUCAUUUAGAAUGGUUCCGUUUCAGUGGGCGUAUUUUGGGUCUUGCUCUGAUCCACCAGUAUUUGUUGGAUGCUUUCUUCACGCGUCCAUUUUACAAGGCCUUACUUAGACUAGUGACAGAUCUGAGUGAUUUGGAGUACCUUGAUGAGGAGUUUCAUCAGAGCUUACAGUGGAUGAAGGACAAUGAUAUCACUGAUAUACUGGAUCUGACAUUUACAGUCAACGAGGAGGUGUUUGGACAGGUGACAGAGAGGGAACUGAAGUCAGGGGGCUCCAACAUCCAAGUGACGGAGAAGAACAAGAAGGAAUACAUUGAACGCAUGGCUAGAUGGAGGGUGGAGAGGGGGGUGGUACAGCAGACCGAAUCCCUUGUACGAGGCUUCUACGAGGUUGUAGACUCUCGUCUGGUUUCAGUGUUUGAUGCUCGUGAGUUGGAGCUGGUCAUCGCAGGGACGGCCGAGAUUGAUUUGAACGAUUGGAGAUCCAACACAGAAUACAGAGGAGGUUACCAUGAUGGUCACAUUGUGAUGCGUUGGUUCUGGGGUGCAGUGGAGCGCUUCAAUAAUGAACAGAGGCUGCGAUUGCUGCAGUUUGUUACGGGCACAUCCAGCGUCCCCUACGAAGGUUUUGCUGCACUGCGUGGGAGCAAUGGCCUGCGGCGCUUCUGCAUUGAAAAGUGGGGAAAGGUCACCUCUUUGCCAAGGGCACAUACAUGCUUCAACCGUCUGGAUCUGCCUCCCUAUCCAUCGCACACCAUGCUAUAUGAGAAACUUCUAACUGCUGUGGAGGAGACCAGCACCUUUGGUUUGGAGUGAAGGCAUGCAGGACACCUUUAAGACUUGAUUUUUUUUAAUGCAUUUACACAAAAUACUUUUUAAAAGAUUUUUUAAAUGAAUAUUUGUGAAAUCUUUUGAUUUGAGAACUGUUUUUUUUUUUUUCAAUAUAACUUUAAAUAGCAUGUUUCUGCACUAAAAUACAAGAUAUAUUGUAAUAUUCAGUCAUUAUGGAAGUAUUGUGGGAAAACAUCAAUGUAUGCAAUAGUGUAAACCUAGCUCUAGUCUGUUGUAUUGAAAUAACUAACUGAGCAAGAUGCUUCCUGCUAAUAAUCAUCAUCAUUCUAUUGUUUAGGCAUCAAUAUAUCCCCUCUUUGAUUGGCUAUUGCCAUGCAUAUGGGUAGUGCUCUCUUAACAUAUGGUCAACUAUGACAUCCAAUACCUGGCUAUGUUCGGAAUGGAAAACUAGCAUACUGCUUACUUCAUACUACACAGCUAUAUACUUCAUACAGCCUAAUUUUUUCAGAAAAGUAGUACACAAAACAGUAUACAAAGUACAUAUAAACAGCAAUAUGCAAUGAUUCAAACUGUAGUAUGCUACAUUGUUGUCACAUGACCUCAUUGUGUUUUAUGUUUAAUACCAUAUUGGAAAUAAAUAUGUUUAUUUGGCAUUUUUCAUAAAAUUUUACGUUAAAAUGUCUCCAAUUUUCUCAGUCCGAUCAAAUAUGAGUCAAGUAAGAAAUGUAACAUUGCACUUGUGGUUCAUUCACCAUACUUGAAAUAGAAGGUGAGCUCGAGCGCAUUGCAUAAUGAGAUACAGUACUCCGUGGACUCUAGUAUUCUUUGAUUGUAGUAUACUGCACAUUUUGACAAAUUUAUUAGGUAAUCUGUGAAUUCUAUUCAUACAGAAAAGGAACUGAUUGUGCAGAGUAAAGUAUGCAUACUGCAGAAGUACUGUAGUAGUAUGGUAGUAUGCAAUUCCAAACAUAGCCACUGGUACCAAACCUGUUAUCCCAUUUAAAAUUCAUGCUCUUAUCAUUGGUUAAACUCAAAUUCAAAGGCAAGCUGUUUGCCUUUACAUGAUUCCUGUGUUAAAAAGUGUUUUUGUGCACAUACUGUAGAAUAUUCAACCUGUCUGCUUUUAAACUAUACCUAGUUUAAACAUCAAUCAAUGUGGCAUAAAUACUAAUAAAGGAAUAGUUUACACUAAAAUAAAAAUACUCUCAUCAUUUACUCACUUUCUUCUGCAUAAAAAGAUUAAGAUUUUUAGAAAAAUAUCUUAGCUCUGUUGGUCCAUACAAUGUAAUUGGAUGGGGUCCAAAAACUUAAAGCUGCAAAAAAGCACAUUAAGACAGCAUAAUAGUAAUCCAGAUGACUUCAGAGGUAUAAUCCAUAUCUUCAGAAGUGAUCCAAUCUGUUUUGGGUGACAAGAGCCAAUAUGUAACUACAUUUUUACUAUAAAUCUUGACAUCAGAAGUCUCCUUGGCGAUCAUGAUUUCAAGCUCGAUUACAAUUCCUAGCACCAUCUAGCACUCUGAACAUGCGUCAAGCACAAGGAAGUGUAAUCGAGUUUGAAAUCAAGAUCGUGCCUAGAGAAUGCAAUGGAAAGAUGUAAAGUAAAAAUGGUCAUUUUUGGGUGAACUAUUCCUUUAAAAUGAGGACCUCAAAGAAACUAAAACCUGAUCAAACUCAAGUUAUUGUUGCCUCCCUAAUAUGCUGAGUGGUUUAAGUAGGAUUUACACAUUUAAACAGGUACAAUUACAGACAUGCACAUGACACAAUGUAAGCGACUUCUCUAUUUAACCAAAUUAGCAACACAACAACUAAGCUGAUAAGAUCUGAUAGAUCUGUUUGAUGCCACAUUUGUUUUAACAAUGCCUCUAUAAUGGGGCCGGGGAUUAGAUUCAGAUUAUGACAUGAGGCAAUGGCAUGACUUUGGAUUCAUUUCCAGAAUUCCAGCUGUAAGAUAUCGCUGUGAUAUUUCUUUGUUGUGGGCAUUAUCUUGAAUAACACAUUUAUUAUGACCCCACCUCAACCUUGUAAAUUAUCUCUUAUUAAGAAGCUCUUGAAAAUGCCUUUUAAUAAUUUAUUUGUUUGACUUAUUUUCCACACAGUUUCUAUCGCAAGAGUCACACAAACAUACUAUCACUCAACAUUCUAUAUGAGCCAUACAAUUACUGAUGAUAACCACUGAUAACACAAAAAACAUGUUUAUUUGCAAGUAUGGAAUAUAUUAAGUGUUGAUUUUUUAUGCGUUUACUUCUGCAGCUUUUAAAUUACAUUCCAAUACGCAAACUUUAUGAUAAUUCUCGCACUAAAAAGAGAAAUAGUUCAUGGGUGGAGUUUCAGUGAUGUUGCCUAGAAGUGUUAAACCACUUUUAACUGGGCCAUCGUAGUAGGCCAAUGCAUGUUGCCUCCUUUAAUGGUUUGUAAUUUUGUGGUAUGUGGCGUUGAUAAUGUGCUGAACCAUGGAACAGACCUGUUUGGUGGUGAAAUCUAAUUGGAUCUAUUAAAUGUGUGCUUUGAAAGGUUUAGUCUGUGUAUUUAAAUGCAUACUAUCAGACAUAUAUUUUCAUUGACGGAAAUUGUGAAAUUAA